CCCCCGCCGCCCCGGCCUCCGGGCGCUCCGACCGGGCCGCGCAGGUGCAGGUGUGGCCCCCGCCCCCCGGCGCAUCGCGGGCGCCAUGGCGCGGGGAGACGUCCCGCAGGACAGCUACCACCUGGUCGGGGUCAGCUUCUUCGUCCUCGGGCUGGGCACGCUGCUGCCCUGGAACUUCUUCAUCACGGCCAUCCCGUACUUCCAGGGCCGGCUGGCCGGGCCCAACAGCACUCUCCUGACCUUGGGCGCCAACCACACGGGCCCCGCAGACACCUUCAACUUCAACAACUGGGUGACGCUGCUGUCCCAGCUGCCCCUGCUGCUCUUCACGCUGCUCAACUCCUUCCUGUACCAGUGCAUCCCUGAGACAGUGCGGGUCCUGGGCAGCCUGCUGGUCAUCCUGCUGCUCUUCGCCCUGACGGCGGCCUUGGUCAAGGUGGACAUGACCCCCGGGCCCUUCUUCUCGGUCACCAUGGCCUCUGUCUGGUUCAUCAACUCCUUCUGCGCGGUCCUGCAGGGCAGCCUGUUCGGGCAGCUGGGCACCAUGCCCUCCACCUACAGCAGCCUCUUCCUCAGCGGCCAGGGCCUGGCGGGCAUCUUCGCGGCUCUCGCCAUGCUCAUGUCCAUGGCCAGUGGCGUGGACGCCCAGACCUCUGCCCUGGGGUACUUCAUCACGCCGUGCGUGGGCAUCUUCGCGUCCAUCGUGUGCUACCUGCGCCUGCCCUACAUGGAGCUCGCCCGCUACUACCUGGCCAGGAAGCCGGCGCCGGCGCAAGGUCAGGAGCUGGAGACCAAGGCUGAGCUCCUGCAGGCCGAUGAGAAGAACGGGAUCCCCCGCAGCCCCCAGAAGGCGGCCCUGACCCUGGAACUUGACCCUGAGAAGGAGCCGGAGCUGGAGCCAGAGGAGCCCCAGAAGCCAGGAAAACCUUCUGUGUUCGUCGUCUUCCGGAAGAUCUGGCUGACGGCGCUGUGCCUUGUGUUGGUCUUCACAGUCACCCUGUCCGUCUUCCCCGCCAUCACCGCCAUGGUGACCAGCUCCACCAGUCCUGGGAAGUGGAGUCAGUUCUUCAACCCCAUCUGCUGCUUCCUCCUCUUCAACAUCAUGGACUGCCUGGGGCGGAGCCUGACCUCGUACUUCCUGUGGCCGGACCAGGACAGCCGCCUGCUGCCCCUGCUGGUCUGCCUGCGCGUCCUGUUCAUCCCGCUCUUCAUGCUGUGCCACGUGCCCCAGCGGUCCCGGCUGCCCACCCUCUUCCCGCAGGACGCCUACUUCAUCACCUUCAUGAUGGUCUUCGCCGUGUCCAACGGCUACCUGGUGUCCCUCACCAUGUGCCUGGCGCCCAGGCAGGUGCUGCCCCACGAGCGGGAGGUGGCCGGCGCCCUCAUGACCUUCUUCCUGGCGCUGGGGCUGUCCUGCGGAGCCUCCCUGUCCUUCCUCUUCAAGGCGCUGCUCUGACGGCUCCGCUUCCGGCUCCUCUCGCCCCCGCGGAGCCCAGGCCGGGCAGGGGGUGGCGCCGGCUCAGGCCUCUGCUGGGCCGGCCCCUGGGCCUGGAGGUGCUGCAGGAGGAGGCAGGUGCUGCCUUGGGGUGACGCCAGCCCUCACCCAGGCCGGAGGCCCGCAGAGACUGACGGAUCCAGAAGCACAAGCCCCGGCUGCGCAGGUGGCGGCGGGGGAGGCCGAGGGCCCAGCCCUGCCCGGCAUCGGAGCGCGUGUACUUGUUGGGACAGAAAACUGAGGAGGGAGACUGGGCCCCCUCUCGAGGGAGACUGAGGCCGCGGGGGCCGUGCCCAGGGCGGCGGGUGUGGGCCGGCCUCGGGCUCCGUGUGGGAGUGUGGCCGGCCGGGGCAGGGACUCCCCUCCGCCCCAGGCCUCAGUGGCCCCGGGGCAGGUCCCUCGGAGCCCAGAACAGAGGGUGCGGGGAGUCGGGGGGAGCAGGGAGAGAGACAGAUGUUAGGGGUCCGAGGGUGCGCCCAGGACCCCCUGGGCCUCAGACAGUGUGUUUGUUGCCGACACUUGCUGUGUCCGUGCCCAGGGCCAGCGGGGCCCCAGGUCUGUAGCUAGCCUGCAUGUGUGCUCUUAGCGUGCAACGCUCCCCGCGCCUGCUCUCCCAGCGGCACUGAGGCCCUUGGGGGAGCCCGGCAGGACUGUACCCCCCUUUGUACAGGGGAGGAGCCCGAGUCCCGAUUCACGGCAGAGCUGGGCCCUCCCCCACCCUCCCCCCGUAGGUGCCAGCCCGAUGCCCGCGUCUCCCUCC